CUCUUCCCCACUCAGCAUCACCACUAUCCCCAUCAUCAUCAUUUUCUUCUCGACAGUCCUAAACGAACGACUCCAUCAGUUAACUGUCGUGACUGCUUCGCUGCAUCCACGACGGACGACGCAGGACGGGGCCUAGAGUGCUACAAAAAAGGGAAGGAGAAUAAGGAAAAAUUAAAGGAAAAAAAAGAUCAAGGGUCUCACACGCGAAUCGGCCGAGUCUCCCUCCGCCCUGGCCUGAUCUGGGCCGACCUCUCAACUUCAACAACUCACAUUUCGAUCCACUUCUGAUCAAGGGACGACGACCAACGAAAUACCUUCCAUUCCCUUGGUAUUGAUACUGAAGCUAUCGAUCAACCCUCGACAUCUUUCCUCCACGAUACUACAGACACAAAGGAGAACUCGACGGUCGAGUACCUUCCCCUCCAGCGAUACCUGGGACAUCUUUGUGGGCGGGUCACAUGGGCUGAGAGGCAGAAGAAGCUCCCUCUCGUCUAGCUUGCUCUCCCACCGCCUUCUCCUUCGACCCCUCCUCCUCCUCUCCACCUUGGCAACUUGUGCCUGCUUCGGCUCUCGUUGUUUCACCGACUCGACAAAAGAUCCCCCUUGUCCCCUGCUCUACCCUGGCCUGGCCACAACCAAUAAUUAUAUAUAUAAAGAAGGACUUAUACUACACAUAACAAGUGGGCUCUUCCCGCAGUCCCACGGUCAAUCCAAUGUCGACGGUCCCCUCCUCCGCCUAGACGGUCACAUCACAGAAUGCUACGACGGCCUCCCACCGGCGAGGGUAGGCCUGUCGUCCAACAGCGCAAGAAGCUAUGGGCUCUUGCUGCCCUCCUGCUGCCGUGGGCUCCUGUCGUCGACGCUGCUGACCUCCAUCAUCACCACCAUGAACAUCAACAGUCUCUCGACCGGCACCCUCAGGCCGUCAUCUCACCCUGGCUGGACGCCGCUGCUGCCGCCGAGCAUGGCCUCGACCGCAAGCCUGAGCACGAACGCUCCCCCCUCGAAGCCGACCGCGUCAAGCGCAAUCUUGCAGCGACUGCCUUGACACACGACCUUAUCCAGACGCCUCACGCCGCCCUGCGGAGGAAGUCCACAUACUCCCAACCCAUCCAGGCCCAGAAGGAGCCCUCUCGACACGAGGAGACCGACCUGGACCCCUUUCACGACCUUGUCUCUACCGAUGCGAGCGCCAUCUCUGCUGCAGCUCCGGAUCUGUCCGUUGUAGCACCAUCUGCCAGGCGACUGGAGGAUUGGGAAGUAGAAGAUUUCGUUCUCCUGGCGACCAUCGACGGAGACCUGUAUGCCACCGACCGGAAGUCGGGCCGCGAGCGCUGGCAUAUCUCCCUCGGCCAGCCCAUGGUCGAGACCACACACCAUCGCAUCAACAGGUCCUCCUCCGCCGCCGGUGCUGAUUUCAAUCUGGUCGAGGCCGCCCCCUCCAAGAACGAGGCCCUCUCCCUUGUCUACACCGGAGAGAAGAAGACCGUCCUCCUCACCCUCGACGCCGCCACCGGCCGGGCCAUCAAGUGGUUCGGCCCCACUGCCUCCGCCGCCGCCGACGACUCCACCUGUGCCCGUCCCCAGGACACCGUCGCUGGUCUCGACGUCGAGGAGUGCAACACACGCACCAUCACGCUGGGCCGCACCGAAUACACUGUGGGCAUCUCGGACGCACGUGGCUACGACAUUGCCACCCUCAAGUAUUCCGAGUGGACCCCAAAUCUCUUCGACCAGGACCUGCUGGGCCAGUACUCGUCGACCCUGGACAAGCUCUACAUCACCAGCCGGCCCGACGGCCGCGCCUAUGCCUUUGAGUAUGGCCGUGAUACGGGUCGUUCGCAGUCCUUUGUCCAGUAUUUUCCCUCGCCGAUCGCCAAGGCUUUCGACAUUGUCAGACCCAUCCGCUCUUUCAUGGAUGAUGCCCAGGACAACCCCCAGCUGGUGGCCCUGCCACAGCCUCCACCGCCACCCGCGUUCGAGCACCAGGAGCCCGGUCGAGAGAGCAAGAUCUUCCUCAACAACACCGCCGGGAACUGGUUCGCCAUGUCUGGCCUGUCCUACCCGCUCAUCACGCAGGCACCCUCAGCCCUGAUCAACCAAGUCCAGUGGUGGGAGGUGCACGAUGACUUCAGCACGGCGCAGCUCACCAAAGCACUGGUGGGCCAGCACACUCUCGACAGUGCCUGGUCGAAGCCCGGCCAGCACAGACUGCCAACUCUCCCUGGGUCUCAGAACCUGUCGCCCAAGCUGGACAACCCCAGCGACCCAGACAAUCCUACGCUAGCCAUCGACGCGCCUGAUCCAAGCAGCACAGUAAUUGACAUUGUCAAGAAGCUACCGCAGGAUGCCCUUCAGCACACCACAGACCUCUUCACAAACCCGGCCAUCUGGCUCAUUCUUGCCAUUGCGCUCGUCGUCUACCGCAAGGAAUUCAUCCGCUUUGUCCGAAACGGCUGGCAUGAGAUUGUGAGCGAUGCGAAAAACUAUCUGAAACGCAAGGGGUUCGAAGUGGACGUCGAUGAUGAUUUAGCAGAAGACACACCAGAGACAGAGCGUGUUGAGGCCCGGGCUGCAGAGAAGGACCGCCCCUCCGCAGCGGAUACCGCCCUGGAGGCCCCUGUCGAGCGCUCUGUUCCCCCGCUGCCGCCAUUGGUCUCGCAGGAGGAUGCAGUACCAUUACCGGAAGAGGGCAAGGCUGGAUCCACUGAAGAAAACGAACAGGGCCAGCCGGAAACGAAGAAGAAGAAGGCUCACCGCGGCCGCCGGGGCGGCAAAAAUCACAAGAAGAAAAAGACGAGCCCUGAUGCCUCUGUCGGUGAUGUGCCUGACAAUAGCGUGGACGAGGCGGUCGACAUUGCCAAGAACAUUGGCGAGCGCAGCCGGGGCCCUGAGCCGAAUAUUCAGACCUUGCCGUAUGAGGUAGAAGAUGUGUCCAACCCCAUCCUGCGCAUCGACGAGAGCCUCGAGGUGAACGAAGACCAGCAGCUCGGAACAGGGAGCAACGGUACGGUCGUGUACGCGGGCAAGUGGCAGGAUAGACCCGUUGCCGUCAAGCGGAUGCUGCGCGACUUUUAUGACAUCGCCUCACAGGAGACCAGGCUGCUCAGAGAAGUGGACCGACAUCAAAAUGUCAUCCAGUACUUUGCGCAGCUGGAGCGUGGCCAGUUCAUCUACAUCGCCUUGGAGCUCUGCGAGGCGUCUCUGGCCGAUGUCAUGGAGAAGCCUCAACAGUUUAGACAGCUGGCGAGUGCAGGUGCCAAGGAUACACUGGCUGUCCUGAAGCAGAUCACUAAGGGCCUGGAUCACCUGCACUCUCUACAAAUUGUGCAUCGCGACUUGAAGCCUCAGAAUAUUCUGAUUACUAGAGACCGCAAGUCGGGCCGACCGCGCAUCCUAGUGUCGGAUUUUGGCCUGUGCAAGAAGCUCGAGGGCGGCCAGUCGUCAUUUGGUGCUACCACCGCCCACGCGGCUGGCACGUCAGGCUGGCGGGCGCCCGAGCUGUUGCUGGACGACGAGACGCCGGCCUCCAGUGGCCCGAUGCUGGCAGAGAGCUCCACGCACAGUGGUAACCACGGCAGCCAGGGGGCUGAGGUCACUCACAGACGCGUGACCCGAUCAAUCGAUAUCUUCUCGCUCGGUAUCGUCUUCUUUUACGUCCUCACACAGGGCUCACACCCUUUUGACUGUGGCGACAAAUACAUGAGGGAAUACAACAUCAGGAAGGGCACUUAUAGCCUCGCAAGGCUUGAUGUGCUGGGCGACUACAGGUGCGAGGCGAAACAUCUUGUCGGGACAAUGAUCAGCGCCAACCCCAAGGAGCGACCCAAGACAAAGGAGAUCCUGGCACACCCUUUCUUCUGGGACGCACGCACCAGACUCCUCUUCCUCUGUGAUGUAUCUGACGCGUUCGAGAGGGAGCCGCGUGACCCGCCCAGCUGGGAACUAGAACAACUAGAACAGGGCGCACUCAAGGUCACCAAGGGCGACUUCCUGAGCAAACUUCACAAGGAAUUUGUUGACUCCCUGGGCAAGCAGAGGAAAUACACCGGCUCGAGGCUGCUUGAUCUCCUGCGCGCUCUGCGCAACAAGAGGAACCAUUACCUGGACAUGUCGGAACCCCUGCAGAAGAAAGUAGGGUCUCUUCCGGAAGGAUAUUUGCUUUAUUGGACGACACGGUUUCCGGAUCUUUUGCUAUACUGCUGGGGGCUUGUUCGGGAUCUGGGCUGGCAUGAGCUGGAACAAUUCAAGGGGUAUUAUCAGCCUCCGGAGUCUGGGUGAAUAGCGGUUCAGGUGGUCAUCAUAUCAAAGCGUGUAUGUGUGUGUGUUUUUGGAAAGCGACUACUUGGACUUAGGGCCGGAUUUCUCAGCAGUUGGUGGAUCUGCUCGGUUGAUAGGUUCUUUGGAAAUGAUCAAAAGCUAUGAUUUCUU